AUGUCUAAUUCAUCGCCUCUUCCUUCAUUUACCUCGCCUGCUCAAUCCGCGAUUGGCAGGCGUGAUGUCCCCAGCACCCCAGGCGCUCUUGCAUUUCUCGUGCACUCGCAAGAAACCGUGGCAAACAAGAUGCCUCCAGACGUGGACAACAAGGCUAUUGCUAGACAGAGAAGACGCCGCACGAGCAAAGAAGACGAAGACAUCCUCAAAGCGGAAUACCUGAAAAAUCCGAAGCCUGAUAAGGCAGCGCGUCUCGAGAUCAUCUCCAAAGUCGCGCUUGGAGAGAAAGAAGUUCAGAUCUGGUUUCAGAAUCGCAGGCAGAACGACAGACGUCGCUCACGACCACUGGAACCUUCGUCCUCGGCAUCUCUCAUGUCUUCAUCCUCCAAUAUGUCCGACCCGCCCAUGGAAGAAGAGGCUCACGUCCGCGACCUUGAGAACGAGCCGUUAGCGCAGGGCGUGGAAAGUGGCCUCAAGUCGGAUCGCCCAGUAACGCCUGAACUCACCUCAGACGAAACCAUUCCAGAAUCGCGUCCCGAAGACGACCUCGCGCCUACCACCAUCGAGUCUCAGGCUGCGACUGAAUCGACAGUAGAAGCAUCAGUUGAUCCAGAAACCACUGCUACUGUGCCGAACGAGGCAAGCAACACACAACAAACAGCACCAUCAUCACAGGGCGCGUCUCAGGCGCGCACGUCAUGGAUUUCCAACAGACGCAGUGCCUCAUUCGUACGACACAGCGAGGACUACGCGCCUGAAGUAAUCACAUUCCCGAAUGCACCCGCGAAACCUAUAGAAUCGUCGCCGCUGCCCGCAGCACCUUCUUCAGUCUCAUCUGCGCGUCCGCUCAAACGCACCCACUCCUUCGUGCGACUUCGGACAAACGAGGAUGGUACUGCGCGCAUCGUUACAGACCUCGACAAGACUCCCUCCCCUCCGCACAUCAAGACCAGCCCUGCGGCCUUUUCCCGGGCUGCUGCAGGCCUUCGACGAAGCUACAGUGCAGCGGGAUUGAACGAUCGACUAGCAGCUGCGCGCGGAGAGCCCAGCCCUAAGAUACCCCGGACAUCGUCGAAUAUUGGAAGAAGCAGGGAUUCACGAGCAUGGGAAUUUUGGUGUGACCCAGACAGUCGGUCGACAACGAGCCUCACAACACGUGCCGAGCAAGAGGGCAGCGGAAGUGCAGCGGAUGCCAUUGGCAUACUGCGGGCGAACAGGAAGAUCCUGGCGCAGAACCAGGCGCGUCAGAACACACCCAUCAUAUCGCGCCACAGUUCCCACAAAGGCCUCAGCAGUUCAGGCGUGAAGAAGUCACGCAGCUCCAUACAGCGCGCAUCCACCAUCAACGGGCGAUUCUCGACCAAAGACUAUAAGAAGGGAGGCGACGAUACCGAAUCCGACGAGUUUCCACAGACGGAAAGCGACAAGGAGAACUGGGAACCCGACGUUACUCCAUCACAACGCCGUUACCAAAUCUCUACACCUCCAGCCGCUCGUCGAGCUCGCCAGAUCUUGGGUGAGAACACCGAUGUCAUGUCGCAGACUGCAAGUUUCGGUGCGCUGUUAGCGCGUGAGAAGGGCAAGGGCAUCACCGACCCUGAGCAAGACGACGAGCUGAGGUCGUUUAUGGGUGGUGAUGAUAUGAGCGGGCGGAGUUUAGGGUCUGCUGAAGAGGCAGGUUGUGUUGAGGGCUUGCUGAAGCUAAGUCAGGGUCAGUGGAGAUAG